GCAAAUUUGUCAGUACGCUAAACUAAAGGGAAUAAAGGAUAGUCUCGAAAACGACACCGUCUCGCCUUUGCUCCGUCACCUUCUUCUGCGUUUUGUGCCAACUAAAAACAGACGAAAGGCAUCACGGCGGAACAACGAGGGAGAUAGAGAGAGAAAGAGAGAGAAAGGCUUUCCUUCUUCGUCUCGAUCUCCGCUUCUUCGAUGAAUCGCCUGCAUCUGAUUUUGAAGAUUUAACGGUUCUUGAAACGAUGACUGUUCCUCAAAGAUUCUCCUUUACUGGGUAACGUUGGCACAGUAUCUUCCAAUUUGUCGAUACAAUGUGGAGCUUUGCGUCGAAUGUAAUCGGCAGCAUAGGUCUAAAGAAAGAUCCACCUCAACCCUCCUCAGACGACGACGACGAGGUCUCAAAUGUCAGCAGAGACGAAGAAGAAGAAGAAGAAGAACAAGGACUAGACUGUCCCAUUUGCUUCGAAUCAUUCAACAUCGUCGAGAACGUUCCUUACGUCUUAUGGUGCGGCCACACUCUCUGCCAGAACUGCGUCUUUGCCCUCCAGCCCGCUGUCUUGAGACUCUCCAGCCAAGACAUCAAAGUCCCCUUCUUCGUCUCCUGCCCUUGGUGUCAGCUGCUCUCCCUCAGGGUUGUCUACAACGGUGUCCUCAAGUUCCCUAAGAAAAACUUCUUCCUUCUCUGGAUGGUUGAGAGUCUCAACGGUGACAGGACGAGACACGGUGGUGGUGGUGGUUCGUUGGUCAGUAGUGAGAACCACCAGUACUGCAGUAAUCUGAUUGCAAGGCCUGUUGUUGUGGAUAACCAGAGCCAACCAAGCAGCAGACAGCAUUUCUCGUUUCACAAGUCUCUUGAUUUCUUCAUCUCCUUCACCUCCAAGUUUCCGUUUGUGAUCGUUUUUCUGCUGAUAGUGUUCUUUGCUAUACCUGGUAGCCUCGUCAUUCUUGCUCUUUACUUCCUCCUCACGAUUCUUCUAGCGGUUCCUUCUGGUUUGGUGCUGUAUUUUGCGUACCCUAUUCUGGAAAGGUUGGUUAAUGAAAUAACUUCAUGAGAAUGAUACUCUGAGCUCACAGCUUUUUGGAGUCUUUGGAACUUUUUGAUAUUGUUAUUGAUUGCAAUUGUGAUUUUGAGUUUUGAUUGUGUUAUGCAACUUUUUCUGAAGUUUUGGUUUGCAGAUUUUGUGUGUUUAAUUGAUGAUUGUGUCUAAAGUUGUAUAAAUAAACACAUUAAUUUGUGUGUCUUCAUUUAAGCUUGUUAAGAAAGAAUGUUUUGGCUUUA